GUUCUGUAUAAUAAAAAACUCUCUAAUUUAGUUCAAAAGUGAUUUAUUCAUUAAUUAUUUGAAAAGUUAAAGAGACCAUUAUGGUACUGAAUAUUAAAGUUAAUCUAGUAAUUUUAAAGUUGGGGUUGGUGUCUCAUGUAUUGUCUCAAUUGCAUAUGCUCUCAGUCUCGCCAAAUUGUUUCCACUGCAUGACCAAGACAAUCAAAUUUCCACUGCUUAGAUCCUUCUCUUUUGCAAACUGUCACCAUCCUUAUUGUUGUGUAUCUCCCUUUCUCUCCCUAGGCCAAAUUGAAGUAUAUAUAUACUUCUCACCUCAAUUUUUUUUUUCUUUGUUGGUUUAAAUGUUAAAUUUCAAUUUUUCAUGGUUAUAUUAACAAAUAAUUAUAAUCUUCUCCAUUGGCUAAUCAAUCUCAUCAAAUUUUGCAGAAUCAAAGGCUCAACUGAAAGGGCCUUAUCCUCUCUACAACCUUCGUAACCCUCCUCUCCUCUUUCCCUCAGCUUGAAGCAUUGAAAAGAAAUUAAAGCUUAUAUAUUUUGGAAGAGCGCUUGUCGUUUUGAUCCAAUGGAUGUCGCAACUAAUCUUGGAGGUGCUAUCUUGUCUUCUACAUUUAGCUGGCUCCUUUCGAAAUUGGAUUCUAGUGGCCUCAGUGAAUUAUUGAAUUCACAUAAGUAUGUACGUAAAGAGGUGGCAAAGUGGAGAACUCUUUUACCCAAAAUCCAGGUUAUACUUGAAGAUGCAGAACAGAAGCAAGCAACAAACAAGUUGGUGAAGUUAUUUCUUGGUGGUCUCAGGGAAUUGGCUCUUGACAUGGAAGAUAUCCUUGACGAACUGGAGCUCGAUGCCAAGCGCAAACUGAUUGCAAGUCCUAAAGCCAGCACCAGCAUCACACAAAAGCUUACACCGAGGUGGGUUAAAGAUCGAGAGAUUGCUUCCCAGAUAAAGAGCAUAACUACUAGACUGCAACAUUUUGGAGGCGAGAUAAGUACUUUGGACUUGAUUAAUUUGGCUGUGAAUGUUGAAGCAAGUUCUAGUAAAGCUGUUGCAGAGAGAUCACUGGAUUCUGCCAUGCCCGAACCUCGUAAAGUUUGUGGUCGGGAAAGUGACAAGGAGAAAAUCUUUCAGAUGUUUGAUGACGAAGGCAAUCAUGAAGGAUACUCUGUUAUUCCUAUUGUCGGAAUGGGGGGUCUAGGCAAGACCACUCUUGCAGGCCUCGUUUAUUAUGACGAUGGAAAAUUGAAGGACUAUGGGUUUGAAUUGAAGGCUUGGGUUUGUGUUUCUGAUGUAUUUGAUGUUGCCCAAAUUACAAGGGUCAUUCUACAGCAAGUAACUAGGAAAAAGUCUGAUGUUGACGAAAUUACAAGGGUCGUUCUACAGCAAGUAACUAGGAAAAAGUCUGAUGUACAAGAUCUUUUUUCACUACAAGAGCAUCUGAAGAAAGAACUCUCUGGUAAGAAGUUCUUACUUGUACUGGAUGACAUUUGGAAUGAGGACUAUCAUUCGUGGGAUGUACUACAAAGACCUUUCUCAGAUGGAGCACCUGGAAGUAAAAUCAUCGCAACAACUCGAAACAUCUUUGUUGCAAAAACCAUGAGAGCAGAUGAUAAAGUUUACAAUUUAGAUUUUCUUCCAGAGGAUGAAUGCUUGUCAUUAUUUGCUAGACAUGCAUUAGACAAGGAGAAUUUUGAUUCUCACCGAGAACUAGAAGGAGUUGGCAGGGAAAUUGUAGAAAGGUGUCGAGGAUUGCCUCUAGCUGUGAAAGUCCUCGGUGGUCUCUUGCGUGGUAAACCUAAUCGUCAGGAGUGGGAAGAUCUGUUAAACCGUGAGUUGUGCAAUCUACCCGAAGGCCAAAGUGGCAUUUAUGCAGUUCUGAAAUUGAGCUACAACCGUCUUCCUCCUCACUUGAAGAGAUGCUUCGGCUUUUGUGCUGUAUUUCCUAAGGACUAUGAAUUUGACAAAAAUGAGUUAGUUUUGUUAUGGAUGGCACAAGGGUUUUUGCAACAACUGUCACAAGAAAUGAAGCAAAUGCAUGAUUGUGGCCAUCAAUGUUUUGAUAUUUUAUUAUCAAGAUCAAUUUUUCAACCAUCAAUCAGAGAUCGAUCACAGUUUAUGAUGCAUGAUUUCAUAAGUGAUUUAGCUCAAGAAGUUGCUGGAGAAAUAUGCUGCAGUCUUGAUCGACUGACUUUGGGUGAUAAUAAGGCUCGCCAUUUGUCAUUUGCUCCUCGUGAAUAUGAUGUAUUGAAAAGAUUUGAAGUCUUGAAUGAACAGAAGAAUUUGCGAACACUCUUACGAUUGAAAUGGAACAAUAGACAUUUCUCGUAUCCCUCCUUAUCGAAUGGAGUUGCAGUUGGUAUAUUACCAAAAUUGAAGUGCCUAAGGGUGUUAUCUCUUUGUGGAGUACAGAAACUACCAAGUUCAAUUGGAGAUUUGAAGCAUCUACGAUACAUUAAUCUGUCUCAUUCAUCAAUUCAAAGUUUGCCCGAGUCAGUGGGUUCCUUGCUUUUCUUACAGACAUUGAUAUUACAUGACUGUGAACAGCUUACUAGGUUACCUGCAACAAUUGGGAAUCUAAUUGACCUCCAUUAUCUUGACCUUACUAAUACACCAUCUCUGACAGAGAUUCCAUUGGGGGUAGCUAAAUUGAGAAGUCUUGUGUUACUGACCAAAUUUAUUCUGGGGAAAGCUGAUUCUGGAUUAAGAUUGAAAGAAUUGAAGAACCUGACAGGCCUUCAAGGUCAACUUUCCAUUUCGAAUCUACAUAAUCUUUUAGAUAUCGAAGAUGCCAAGGAUGUCAAGCUGCACAACAUGAAAUUGGAUGAUUUAUCCUUAGAGUGGGCUUCUGUUUGUUCUGAUUCCCAGAGUAAAGUGAAAGACUUCCAAGUCCUUGAAUGCUUAAAACCUGGUCAAAGAUUGGAAAGGUUGACGAUCAAUUGCUACUGUGGGGAAGAAUUCCCAUCCUGGAUAGGUGAUCCAUCCAUUUCCCAGUUAAAGCUCUUAGAGCUUCGUGAUUGUCAAAAUUGUACGUCAUUACCAUCACUUGGGCAAUUACCCCAGCUCAAAGAAUUGAUCAUUAAAGGAAGCAAGGCUGCAACUCUGACUGGGGAUAGUGACAAAAUUUCCUCCGGUAAUUGUUUUCUAUCAUUAGAGAAGCUGGUGUUGGGGGACUGUUGCUUGUUGGGAAAAUUACCACAAGAACUUCCAUCUCUUAAAGAGCUUUUGAUUGUAAGAUGCCCACAGUUAACGUACUCACCGGUGAGCCUUUCCUCACUUCAAAAUUUAGCUAUAGAAGAAUGUAGUGAGGUAGUUUUGAGGAUUAUGGUUGAUCUCAGUUCCCUCACCGACUUGAAAAUUUUCAAAAUUUCGAGUCUGGCAUUUUUGCCUAAAAAGUUUUUAGAGUCAAUGAUUGCACUUGAAGUUAUGUGUAUCGAUAGUUGUGAGGAACUUACUUGUUUGUGGGAGGAAGGAGCAAAUAUUGCAAACCUUGCACAUCUUAGGCAGUUGUCAAUCCGUUCGUGUCCUCUGCUUACGUCAGUGACAGCGGAACUCAAAAGUCUCGUACAAUUAUCUAUUUGGAGUUGUCCUAAUUUCAAAUUGUUUCUAAGUGGUCAAUUGCCUGCCACACUUAAAAAUUUGAUUAUUGAGAGGUGUGAAAAUCUAGAAUCUCUACCGGAGGGUUUGAUGGAUGAUAGUAAUGGAGAUAACAUGCUGCAGCUUGAACAAUUAUCUCUAGAGGAUAUUGCAACUCGGAAUUUAUUUCCAAGCGGCUUGCUUCCUUUGGAUCACAUGUCUAGCCUCAGCACUCUCACUUAUUUAGAAAUAGAUCAAGUUGAAGGUUUGGAGUCGUUUCCAGAAAGUGGUCUGGGCAUGCCUAAUCUUAAAUAUCUGGGUAUUUAUGAUUGUAAGAAUCUCAGGUCCCUGCCCAAUAGAAUGCACAACCUUACAUCUCUCCAAUCAUUAAGUAUAGUGUCGUGCCAAAGGAUCGAGUCCAUUCCAGAAGGUGGUUUGCCCACAAGCCUAACAUACCUUGACAUUGGUUGUGAGAAUUUGAAACAGCCAAUCAAAGAAUGGGGGCUCCACAGGCUUACCUCUCUUAAUAGCUUCAACAUAGGUUGGAUAUGCCCUCUAGGGGAUUUGCUUCCUACUUCUCUAAUCGUUUUUGGGAUAUUUGAUCUAAAAAAUCUGAAAUCGCUAUCUAGAGGGCUCCUCCAAAACCUCAACUCUCUUCAAGAACUACUCAUUAAUGACUGUCCGGAGCUCCAGUUCUUACCGAAGCAAGGUCUGCCUUCCUCGCUUGGGCAUCUCUUGAUCCACAACUGUCCACGGCUAGCACAACGGUUAAAGGAGAAGCAAGACGAUCGGCGCCUCAUAGCCCACAUCCCCCGUGUCGACAUAGAUUGAAAUUGGGUGGUCGAGCAACAGCAGGACACAGAUUUCCAAGUCAAACUCUCUCUCAAUCAAGACUUUUGUGCUUUGUAGUAGGUAGACAUCCCUUCAAAUUUAUAAACUAUUGAAGUUAUAUAAAAGGAGGAAUAUGUAUAGCUGCACGGAUGAUGUAUGUUUCUAUCUUUCAUUUUGAAGAAAAUAUAUUUUUUUAAUUAAAGUUAAAAUAUAUAGAAUAGGUAAAGAUAAUAAUGAGCUUGUAAUCUGAUUCUCUCACGCUCGAGCAUGCCCUGCUGCGAGAGUUUCAAGUUGGAAGGAGGACUCAUGCUGCAUUUCUAUUAGCAAGUUUCUUUGUGCAAGGCUGAGUUAUAUAAAAAGCUAAUACUGAUUUUACUGUUUGAUUUUUUUGAUAAUUUUGUUCGGGACAACAGAUUUGUUAACCGAAUUUCCUCUGGAUAUUGGGAAUUCCUAAAUUAUUUUUUUUCUAAUAUACAUUUUGAAGAAUUUCAAGAAGCUUAAUGUUAGAAAGCUUAAUCUGUUUAUCAUGUUUUUGAACUGUGCCCUUCUAUUUUUUCUGAUUGUAUAAAAGAUGUUCCAUUUUUCCUAAUCAGGACUCUUAUGGAGACUAUAUGAUAGCUGAAGUACUGGUAUAACCAAAAAGAAAUAUUGCACACACAUCAUUAUUUGCUAAAUCACAUUGAUUCCUUCUUUGCAGAAUCCAGAGCACAAGACUGAAGAAUAUACAAGAGAGAGAUCCUUUAUGAUUAGAAGCUGAAGGCUCUUUUUAAUGGGAAAAUAAGUUAGUUUCCAUAGAUUUUGGAAAGUUGCUAUACCCUCCGCCUGCAGUUUGGAAGACUUUUUCACUGCUCAAAUUUCUGUUGCGCAACAUUGUUGAGGAAACAAGCUUUGCUAUAUGUGUUCUAUCUAUCUGAAUCAUUUUGUUAUCCCAGGCAUAGCUUCUGUUUGCAAUAAACAAAUGUGUUGGAAGCAGAAGACUAGCUUUUGUUUUUCAUUU